UACUCUAUUUGUUUAUUUUCUGUUCAAAAAUAUUUAAAUAAAUGAAUUUUUAGGUUUUCUAUUCUAACAAUGCGUUGGAGUGAAAAUGCUACCCUGGAUUUCGUUAAAAUAUACCUUAAACACGAAUUCUUAUGGAAUAACAACCACCCGGAUUAUAAAAUGAGACACAGAAGGAUUAACGCGUAUCGAGAUAUUUCGUCAGAAUUUAAAUCAUGCACAAAUUUAUCACUCACAGUUCCCGAGGUUAAGAUGAAGAUAAAGAAUUUGAGAUCGACAUAUAUGCAAGAAGUGUACAAAGUAUUAAAAAAGUCUAGUCCUGAUUGUAUGUACAAACCUUCACUAGUCUGGUUUGAAGAUAUGGAUCGGUGUCUAAAAAACACUGCUGUGCGGCGAUAUACAUCUAGUUUACCAGAAGCUCAAGAAGUAGAUUCAUCAUGCCAAAUCUGGGUAAACCAAAUUGAGACGAGUUUAAAGGAAGAAAUAGAUCCAGACCCUCUUAUACCGCAGUCUGAUGAAAACUGUGACUCUCCUAAACCAGCCAAUUAUAAUGAAAUCAAAGAUGAGUCAGAAUCAUCAACACCUUGUAAAAAAUUAAAAAAGAAAAAGUUUAAACACAGUAAAUCAUAUAAUUCAGAAUCUCAUGUUACAAAGGAGAAGGAAGACGAGUUUGAUAUAUUUGGAAAAUACAUAGCUUCCCAACUUAGAAGUAUGCACUUACAGAAAGCCCUAAGGUUACAGUUGGAGAUACAUGGGCUAGUCAAUGAAGCAAGGGUGUCAGAAAUAAAUGACGAUUGUUAA